GAAUUCCAGCGCUUUGAUGGCAAGCAACAGGGACGCGAUCCCGCCGCCUUUGACGCCGCCGAGCGACGCGCCGCUCGAAGAGCAGGACGAAGCUGACGCGCUCUGCAAGGUGUACGUCGGUCGUCUCACGCCGCAUGCCAACGAGACGCACCUCCAGGCGUUCUUCCGCCCGUUCGGGGUCAUUCGACACAUUUGGAUCGCCCGGCGUCCGCCUGGCUUCGCCUUUGUAACGUACCUCAAGGCCGCGGAUGCGACGCACGCCGUCGAGGCGGUCCAAGCCAUGGCCGACCCGGCGAUCUUGGGCCAAACUAUCAGGUGCCAGCUGGGCGGCGACACGACGUCGUCGAUGCCAGCGACCGAUCGGAAGCGCAAGCGCGUCCGCACCAAGAAGGGCGAGACGUUCAAAGUGAAGAAGGCACGCAAGCUUGCGGCCAUAACGACCCAAAACGAAGAGGCAAGUGUCAUGUGAUUUGAAAUAUGUGUGCACUUGUCUUGUGCAAUGGCCAGA